AACAGCUCAUUGAAUCGUUUGGGGUUUUAUGGGGGUGAAGGGGGUUGCUUUCCCCAGAUUUUCUGCUCCUGCGGAGGCGUUGCUGUCCAUUGCAAAUCUAUCAGAAACACUUUUAUUUGCAAAGUGUUCUCCAGGAUGCCUGGCACAGUGUUUGGAGUGGGGCGAGGAGUAUUCAUCUUAGCAGUCCUCUGGGUAUUGGCCUUGCUGCUUUGCUUGUUGCUAUCCAGAGCUUCUGGACUCGCUAGGUUUUCUAUUAUUCUGGUUUUCUUGGCUGCUGUGAUCAUCACAUUGGUCCUAUUGCUUUUUCCACGGGCAGGCGAGUUCCCCGAACCUGCUGCAGAAGUGAAGAUUGUGGACACUUUCUAUAUCGGCCGUUACGUUCUGCUCUCCCUUUUAGCCACCAUUUUCCUUGGCUGUUUGUUCUUGGUUUUGGUUCACCAUGUCAUGCAACCAGUGUAUGCCAAGCCAAUGCACUGAAAGGACAGGCAAGCAAUUCAACAGCAUUGCUCUGGCCGGGAAGAAAAUGGAACAGGAAAGUCCUAAUCAGAGUCAUGCCCGUCUAAUCCCAGUGACGUCAAAUGGACAUGGAAAAGGAUAACGCUGCUUAGAAUUGCACUAUAAUGUAUAUUAAGUUGCUUGAACCGGCAAGCUUUGUGAUAUUGUUGGUUUUAUAAAUAAAAUGUUUACUUCA